AUGAUACCGACAUUAUUGCGACAAGGUGAACGACCUACGUCGGAUAAUAUGCCAUGUUGUGUUGAAAACAGAAGCAAAGUUUGAAUUCGAUUGUCACUCUCACUAGCAAUCUUGUCUGAAAAGAGAUUAAGGUAACAAACUAAUUUUUACUCGAUAGCCCAUAACUAGUUCCAAACUGUUCUCUGGCUCUAGAAGAUGAAAGUCAACGGCGAAUUUCGUGAUCACCCAUUAUCAAUAUACCAGUUCAGGUUUCCUCCUGUAGUAAUACUGGAUCAAUAAGAGAUGAUCUUUACUGGACCUAUCUAGAGAACAGUAUAGAACUGAUAGAGCUAUCAAGUAUAAAUAAACAUAGUUUAGUUUAGACUUCCUCCUGUGUUAACACUGAAUGUAAUACUGGAUCAAUAAGAGAUGAUCUUUACUGGACCUAUCUAGAGAACAGUAUAGAACUGAUAGAGCUAUCAAGUAUAAAUAAACAUAGUUUAGUUUAGACUUCCUCCUGUGUUAACACUGAAUCAAUAAGAGACGAUCCUUUAUACUGGACCUCUAAGAAGAAGAGUUUAGAACUGAUAGAGCUAUCCAGUAUAAAUGAAGUUAGUUUGGUUUAGGUUUCUUCCUGUAGUAACACUGGAGCAAUAAGAGAUGAACCUUACCGGAUAAAAGGGAGAAGAGUUUAGUUAGUUUUUUAGUCAUAUCCAUACAUGCUGUAAUUUAUUUUGUCCGAUAGACCAAUAAAUGAAAAAUGGCAGAGAGACACAGCAGUGCUCAAGUUGCUCUAGGAAGAACAGUUUAGAACUGAUAGAGCUAUCCAGUAGCUACAAAUAAAGUUAGUUUAGUUUAGGUUUCCUCCUGUAGUAACACUGGAGCAAUAAGAGAUGAACCUUACCGGAUAAAAGGGAGAAGAGUUUAGUUAGUUUUUUAGUCAUAUCCAUACAUGCUGUAAUUUAUUUUGUCCGAUAGACCAAUAAAUGAAAAAUGGCAGAGAGACACAGCAGUGCUCAAGUUGUGAUGGAACUGAUGCUUCAUGAAGCUGCCGCAAAUGGUGACGAUAGAAGAAUUGAGGAACUACAAAUAUACAUAAAAAGGGGAAAGAUUUUGAUAAAUCAGCCCGAUGUGGAGUGGGGAAAUAGAACGCCUUUACAUUGCGCCGCAGAAGGAGGUGGGUAAUGGUCCAGGACUUGGGAAAAGCCCUCUUCAACACACAUGGUACAAUGUUUCCUGGUUUGUCCACCUUCAGGAAACAUGGCUAGGAAACAAUGUUUCCUGGUUUGUCCACCUUCAGGAAACAUGGCUAGGAAACAAUGUUUCCUCCCUACUUUAGCUGAACUUGAGCUAACAAUAGAUUAUAUUGUGAUAAUUUAUAGGAAAUCCAAGGUGUGUGAAACUGCUUUUAGAAUCAGGAGCGAAUCCCUAUGCUCGAAUGACAGGAGGCUGGACUCCAGCUCACUGCGCGGCCGAGGCAGGACGAUCUGAGAUCCUGCAAAUGUUGACAGACUACCGGACUCCUAUAGAUAUCCAGGAUGACUAUGGAGAUAGCCCAAGAAAUAUUGCUGAGAUUUAUGGACAGAGAGAGUGUGAGGAGAUAUUGAAAAGGUAGGUUGCGAGCUUGGUUUAGGUUUCCUGCUGUUGUAACACUGGACCAAUAAGAGAAUGGCUUUACUGGACCUCUAUGGAGAACAUGAUAGAGCUAUCCAGUAUAAAUAAAGUUAGUUUAGAUUAGGUUUCCUCCUGUAGUAACACUAGAUGAUCGUUACUGGACCUCUAGGGAGAAGAGUUUAGAACUGAUAGAACUAUCCAGAAUAAAUGAAGUUAGUUUUCAAAAAGUUUAUUUUGUAUUUUCUUUUCCUUCCCUACCAGAGCUGAAGAACAUCCCGUGCGGAAUUACUCAUUCAAAAGCAAAAGACUUUGGGGAACUGUACAAUCUUUCACAGAAGAGAUACAAGAGAAUGUUAGAAAGACAGCAAUUGAAAAGAAAUAACUGAAAAUGAGGAAUCUGUAGAAGACAAGAACCGAUUAAAAGUGCUAAUAAAGUUUCAGAUGACGUCCUAGCUAUCUUGCCAAUUGUAAAAGUAUUAAACGAGGGACGCAGAUAAGAGCCCUGGGAACCAAGUUUUGUUGCUCCGUUUUUCGCUUUCGCAUGGAGUAGAAUAAAGCUAAUUUUCGCUCUCAACGUUAUUUUGAGCUCGUAACAAGAACUGUGCCUAUAUGAUAGUAUACGUGAAACUUUACACACUGUUUACAUGAAGUUCUCAUCAAUAACUGGUACAACUCAUCUCUAUAAAUAGGUACAUGUAUGUUAAAAACAGCCAGAGAAUAUGUUAAUUCAUUCAUUAGCAGUAUCAACACGAAGGAUGGAGUAAGUUUGCGGCAAAAUACUGUCUGUUGCGGCAUUUCAUCAACGAAAUAAACAAGAACUAAUCUAUUUGCGUUAAACCAGGAUAUCUAUAAACCACCUGUUGAUAAGGUUAAUUAUUUUCGUCGUUUAAGAACGAUUGGAAAACAAACCAACUUACUUCAUUUAUACUGCAUCGUUCUUUCAAUUCUAACUGUUCUUCUUAGAGAUCCAGUAGGGUCACCCCGUACAGGUCCGUGUCGUAACCAAAUUAACUCUAUUCAUACAGGAUAGCUCUAUAUAUCACUUCCAAACUUUUCGCUAUGGAGGUUCAGUAAGUUCUUCAUCGGUCCAGUGUUCCUACAGGAGAAAACCUAAACUAUUUAUACAGGAUAGCUCUAUCAGUUCUAAACUGUUCUUCCUAAAGGUCGAGUAAGGAUCAUCUCUUAUUGAUCCAGUGUUACUACAGGAGGAAACCUAAACUAAACUAACUUUAUUUAUACUGGAUAGCUCUAUCAGUUCAGUUCUAAACUGUUCUUCCUAAAGGUCGAGUAAGGAUCAUCUCUUAUUGAUCCAGUGUUACUACAGGAGGAAACCUAAACUAAACUAACUUUAUUUAUACUGGAUAGCUCUAUCAGUUCUAAACUGUUCUCCCUAGAAGUCCAGUAAGGAUCAUCUCUUAUUGAUCCAGUGUUACUACAGGAGGAAACUUAAACUACACUAACUUUAUUUAUAUUGGAUAGCUCUAUCAGUUCGAUACUGUUCUUUCUAGAGAUCCAGUGAGAAUCAUCUCUUAUUGAUCCAGUAUUACUACAGGAGGAAACGUAAACUAAACUAAUUUUAUUUUAAAUGGACAUUGGUCUCGGUCCCUUUGAUGUCUAUAGUAUUAAACGAUCAUAUAUACCUUACAGUUCAAGUAGGGUUUGUACACGCCCAGCCAGAUUUCAAUUCAAAUUCCUUGCCCCAUGCAAACAAGAAUAUUCAAUUUAAAGUUUGUGAAUUUAUAACCAGGUAUAAUAUCGGUCACGUUGCUACUCUGGUUUUAAUAAAUGGAUGCAAAGCCCAGUCGAAUUACAUUCACGCCCCAGCGUUUCAACACUCCAAUCUGAUGAAGACACUAGACUGGAGUGUCGAAACGUUGGGUCGUGAACGUAAUUCGACUGUGCUUUGCAUCCAUUCGCUUAAAACCAGAGUAGCGAGCAAAAACAUGAAGAAUAUUCAAGUGACAAUACUGACAAUAUACUAACAAAUUCUUGGAAUUUCAUGAAGUC